GUCAGAUGUGAGAGAGGGUGUUGCAGAGAAGGAACGUACUUAGAAAGGAAGAGAAGUCAGUUUCUGCUUUACUUGUAGCUGGACUGAUAGCACCAUGAUGCUGUGUCUGCUGCCUCUCAUUCUCCCCUAUACCCAUGCCUUGAAUCUGGAUAAGCUGAACCCCCACACUUUUUCUGGACCCAGAGGCAGCUACUUUGGAUUCUCCUUUGAUUUCUACCAGUCAGCAGAUAGUAGCAUGAAUAUAGUUGUGGGGGCUCCCAAACUGAACGCAUCUGUGUCGAAUGCCAGGGAUGGCGGAGGUGUGUUCUUCUGUCCGUGGGGGUCACAGGCCAGCAGCUGCACUAUUUUACACUUUGAUCAAUCAGGAGACACAUUUCAAUUCGGUGAAAGCAGACUGACUGUUUUAAAGUCCAAUCAGUGGCUUGGAGCAACUGUUAGAACUUGGAAGUCCAGCAUUGUGGCCUGCGCUCCCCUCCAGGAAUUUAACUAUGUGGACAUGACUGGAGAAUCGGGGAACACUCCGACAGGGGCCUGCUACUACACCGAGGACUUGAAAAGCUUCCAUGAGUUUGCUCCUUGUCGACAACUCAAGACUGAUUUUUAUGCAGCACGGGAUAAUCGUUACUGUGAGAUUGGAUUUAGCACAGACAUAAGCAAGAAAGGUGUUUUGUUAGCUGGAGGACCUGGCGGGUAUUAUUUUGAAGGACUCUUCGUUACAGUCCCUCUCUCCAGUAUGCAGACAAAGUCUGCAGCCAUGAUAAAGGAAUUUCCUGGCCUCUACAUGUCAGAGGAAGAUAAACAUGUGUCUAACGCCUAUAAAGAUUCCCGUACUCUAUUUAUUCUGGUGGCCAUUAUCACCAAGACGGAAAGUUUUGCAGUUGCUUAUGGUGAAUUUACAGGGGACGACUCUCCAGGUAGGAAACUGUUCUUGGCUGUCCAAUUCUCUCAAGCAAGGGAAUGUUCGGGGAAGAUUGAGGAAACAUCUUACGGAGUGUGGCAGGAACGAACGAAAUACCACCUGGUCCUUAUUUUUUCGGGCAAGAUUAGAGUGAUCAGCAUCAGAGGAGAACAGACUGCCUCCUAUUUUGGCCACUCAGUAGCUGUUACAGACAUCAACGGAGAUGGACUUGACGAUCUUCUUGUGGGAGCUCCUGUUUUCAUGGAGCGCAGGACAGAUGGAAAGUUCCUGGAAGUUGGACAAGUCUACGUAUAUCUACAGAAGAAGCCCAGGGCUCUGAACAGAGACCCCCAGAUCCUCAGGGGGACUCGUGUGUAUGGGCAUUUUGGUGCAUCCAUCGCCCCUCUAGGAGACUUGGAUCAAGAUGGAUACAAUGAUGUAGCUGUAGGCUCACCCUUUGGAGGCCAGUCUGGAGCCGGCUGUGUUUACAUUUACAAGGGUGAGAAGUCAGGGUUAUCUACACAACCAUCGCAGAUCCUGGAGAGCCCCCAAAAGGCACCAUCCAGAUUCGGCUUUGCCUUGAGAGGAGGGGAAGACAUUGAUCAGAAUGGAUAUCCAGAUCUGGUAGUCGGGGCUUUUGAAGCUGACACAGUCUAUGUUUUCAGAGCCCAGCCAGUAGUUCUUCUCCAUACUUCUUUAAUAUUCACUCCGGAUACCGUGGACCCAGACCUGAAAAAAUGUAAACAGGCCGGUAUCGGGGAUGUCAGCUGUUUCAAUGUGAGCGUUUGUGUCUGGACCUCCGGGAAAAGUCUGCCCAAGACUAUAAGCCUAUCCGCUGACAUCCAACUCGACAGUCAGAAGAGCAGAUUUCUCCGAAGAACCCUCUUCACCGACUCUUCACAACCCAGCAAAAAAAUCACUAUGGACAUUCAGAGCAAUUCACAGCGGACCUGCACCGUCACCACCGCCUAUCUUCGGGGUGAAAAUGAGUUUAAGGAUAAGCUGAGCCCAAUAGUUGUCAGUGUGAACUUCAGCCUGAACACUGCACCAUCUUCUAGUGUCCUACCACCUAUAAUACAUGGGAACACCUUCCUACAAGAGCAGAUACAUAUCUUACUGGAUUGUGGAGAAGACAAUAUCUGCAUUCCUGACCUGCAGCUAAGUGCCAGCUGGGGUAAAGAACCACUUGUUAUCGGAGAUGACAAUCUUGCACAGAUCCACUUUGAUGCGGAAAACCUCGGGGAAGGGGCUUAUGAAGCUGAGUUGCAUGUCACGCUCCCUCCUGGGGCUCAUUACAUGCAGAUUGAGGGAGAAACUGAGGAGAAGAUUCUGUGCACUCCAAGAAAAAUGAAUGACUCAGAACUUGUCGUGUGUGAGCUUGGUAACCCCCUGAGGAAUGAAGCACAGAUCCACGCAGGGCUUCUGCUGAGCAUCAGUGACCUGGAAGACAGUGAAGGCAACUUCUCCUUCCCAAUGCAGAUCAAAAGCCGAAACAGUCAAAAUUCUAGCAGCCCAGUUGUAUGGGUACAUCUGAACGUGACAGUUAAAAUAUCACUAGGCCUUCUGGGGAAUUCUCAUCCUUCUGAUGUUGUACUUCCCUUACCCAACUGGAAACCUAAAGAAGAAUCUAAUAAGCCGCUGGAUAAAGGGGAGAUUGUGACGCAUGUUUACGAGCUGCACAACGCUGGUCCAGGCACUGUUCACGUCAAGCUGGUCAUUCAGAGUCCUGAACACUUUGAUGGUGACAUUUUCCUGUACCCGAUGCAACUGAAGACUGAUGACAAUCUGAACUGCACCAUUGCUGAGCUCAACUUUCUGCAGCUGGAUGUUGUAGAACCAACUAAAAUACCUUCAAACUUCAGUAAGGGAGAUGAUCACAGAUUGAACAAGAGAGAGGUGUCAAGCAUGCUUCAAGAUGGUGGAAAUGCAGAGACAGACAACAGUACAAACGCUAAAGAUGGACCCCAGAACAAACAGCCCAUUACGCUGAGCUGCGUUGACUCUGGCUGCUGGACAGCUGAGUGCUUCAUAGAGGAUCUGGGUAAAGGACAGAGGGUGACGGUAGCACUUGAGUCCAUACUAUGGAUUUCCAGCUUCAUGAAGAGACCUCAGCAGCCCUUCAACUUGACUUCCCGGGGCUACUUCCAGGUGAUUGGUGUCCCCUACAGGAUAAAACCUAUGACUGUGAAGGAUACAGAAAAGCAUACUGUCACGGUGGUUCAGUGGGUAACUCUGGAUGGGCAGAAAGAGAUUCCUCUCUGGUGGAUAAUUCUCGGCGUCCUUGGGGGACUACUUAUCUUGGCAUUAUUUGUAUUUGUCAUGUGGAAGCUGGGCUUCUUCAGAAGGAUGCGACCCCCAUCAGAUGAUCAGGAAGAUUUAACCGAAGCCAAAUAAUGGACUAUUCACUCAUUUUAUUGCCUGUGCUAUUUCAAUAAAAAUCGAACACAAAUGCCUUACAGUUUUAUACAUUUCA